UUGGCUUCGUGUUGUUUUAAAACCGAAAAAGUAAAUAAAGUAACUCCAAUUACAAUGGAUCUAAGCCAUAACGAAAUCAAAAAGCAGUGCUACGAGGAGAUUGCCAAAAUGGUUGGGCGCGGUCCUCCGGGAAAACCGGUUAAUGUGGACUCGUUGGGCCAUAUGCUGCAGCUGCUGGUAGAAAAUCCCCAGCUUCUGGCGGAGGAUGCAGACAUUCGCACGUAUCGAUCUUAUGUGGACACCAAUGGGCACUGUUAUUCGAAUCUGCAGUACAUCGACGCGCCAAAGUGUUCGGUUCGGGCGGCCGAGCUUCGCCGGGCCGGCAAUCAGCUGUACGCGAAGAAACUGUUCGAGAUCGCCCUCAGAAAGUAUAACGAAAGUAUCUGUGCAGCUCCGAACGCGUCGAAGGAUUUGGCCAUCGGAUACGCUAAUCGGUCAGCGAUCUAUUAUGAACAAGGGCUAUAUGACGUAGCGCUGGCGAACAUUGUCCUGGCCAAAAAGAACAACUACCCGGAGGAGUUGAUGCCGAAGCUGUUGAGUCGGGAAGCCAACUGUCGCUCGAAGCUCGAGGAUGUUCGAAUCCCCCUGGUGGAGGCCAGCUUGGAGCUCAAUCCGAAAAUACCUUUCCUUGCCAAAUGUAUUCAGGGCCGCAUGGAUCCCGCCCAGGGUCCCAUCAUGGUUGCCAAGCGGGAUUUCAAAGCCGGAGACGUUAUCCUGCGGGAGAAACCGAUGGUUGCCUGCGUCGCUUGGGAAAAUGUGUUCGGCCGGUGCAAUUACUGCAUUUCGACCAACCUGUCCCAUUUCAUCCCGUGCCGGAAUUGCACGACGGCAAUGUUCUGCGACGAAGAAUGCAUGCGCAAGGGCCAAAGCGUGCAUCGCUUCGAGUGUGGUGUCUGCGCGGGACUUAGCAGGAUGUUCGAUUUCUGGUUGGGACCUCGGUUGUUCUUCCACGGAUUGUCGCUCUUCAACGACGACGUUACACGGAUGAUGAAAUUCUGCAAGAAAUUUCAAGGCAACAUAGAUUCGUGUUUCUACAACUUGGACUAUUCCAAGUACAGUCCGCUUGACGAGUUCAGGACAUUUCUGACGGCCAAAUCCCGGCGUUUCGAGAAACCCCUCUAUGAUAACAUCAUUCAGCUUAACGCUGCCAUUUUCUUUGACAUGUACAUGAAGGUUCCGUUGGUUCAAUCACUCAUCGCGACCGAAGAGCAGAAAGAUUUCAUGCAGCAGUGCUUCGUCGACUAUCAGAUUCAGAAACGGAAUUUGGCCUUCCGGCAGACCAGUAACGGCCAUUUGUACCCGAUUGCAUCGUGCUUUGGCCACUCGUGCGAUCCCAACACGGUGCUCCUGAAUGAGUUGGGAAACGAGCUGAAGAUGAUCGUGCUGCGUCCCAUCCGCCGCGGUGAACAGAUCCAUUUCUCCUAUGGUCCCACAUAUGAACAGGAUGCCGAACAGCACGAAGACCAAUUGCUAUCACUGGGAUUUGACUGCUUGUGCGACUGGUGUCACGUCGAAAAGCGUUACGAAUGGAUGGCCAAGUUUACGCAACCGAGCUGUUUCGAUGCGGGCCAUUGGGCGGUCGUGAAGAAGCUUAUCAAUGACGAAGAACAGAGUUGCGCCGACAAAAUGAACGCUCUGCAGCAGUUCAUUCAGCGGUAUGGAUUCAGUCAUCCCCAGCAUGACUUUGCAAACGUGCUGCUCGUUUACAGGCAAGCGCUCACGGAUGUGCAUACCGCACAGAUGACCCUAGCAAUGAGACGGAAAAUUUGCAGCUAGAUCGAAUAUGUUAGAUGUACCAGUUGACCUUAUUCAUCAUUUUAAACUUACUUUGUUUCAUCUCUGUUCGCAAUGAAUUCGAAGACAUUUUUAGUUAUGACAUGUUUUAUUAACAGAAUACCAGAAAACCAAAUAAAUGCAAACCGUUUUACAAAUAAACCAUAUUUGAUUGAUUUGG